GGCAGGAGGGAGGAGAGAUGAGGGAGGAGGGAGCUGAAAGAUCCGGAGGAAAAACGUUAGAAAGGAGGAAAGUUCCCGGCUCGAGAGCAAAUGAUCAGGCGGAGGUAGAAAGAGGAGAAACACCGACAGUCUCCGUGCAAGUGGAUUUUAUUACUUUUCCUACCGCUGCCGAGGAGCCGCUGGGCACGCGCCUGCUCCCUUGUACGUCGUCGCGUGGAUUAGAUGAGUUAAAGUUCGCGAUGAGGAGCGAACCCGUUCUGUUCGCGUGUAGCAGGGCGAUGGAGGAGCUGGUGUGUGAGCUUCGUCUGUUCCUGGACUUGCUGGACAGGGAGUAUCUGAGCGCCGGGGUCCGAGAGAAGAAGUCUCAUCUCUCCAGCAUCCUGCACAGAGUCCUCUCAGACAGAGAGCCUUCUUUCAAGUCAGAAAUCCACAGUGGUCUGCCAGCCCCGCCUCAGAUGCCCCUCCCAGAGAUCCCUCACCCCUGGCUGGCUCCGAGUAGCGGACCUCCUCCAUUGCCCAGCUCCUCUCUGCCUGAAGGUUACUAUGAGGAAGCAGUACCUUUAAGCCCUGGAAAGGCUCCUGAAUACAUCACCUCCAACUAUGAUUCAGAUGCCAUGAGCAGCUCUUACGAGUCAUAUGAUGAGGAAGAGGAGGACGGGAAGGGACAGAAGACGCGUCAUCAGUGGCCGUCUGAAGAGGCUUCCAUGGAUCUGGUGAAAGACGCUCGAAUUUGUGCCUUUCUGCUCCGGAAGAAACGUUUUGGCCAGUGGACCAAACUCCUUUGUGUCAUUAAAGACAACAAACUGCUGUGUUACAAAUCCUCCAAAGACCACACCCCCCAGAUGGAGCUUACCCUGUCAGGAUGCAGCAUCACUCAUGUUCCCAAAGAUGGCAAGAAGAAGAAGCAUGAGCUGAAGAUCGUCCACCAGGGGGCGGAUGCCCUGGUGUUGGCUGUGCAGAGCAAAGAACAAGCUGAGGAGUGGCUCAAGGUGAUGAGAGAGGUGUGUGCUAAUGGGAACACUGACUUGGAUGGAGCUGGGUCUGCAUCUCCAGUGCACAAACCUGAACUGGAAAAGAAAGGAUCAUGUGACAGGCCGAGUUCAGACGGUGAAGCAACCCACGAGAAUGGACACAUGGACAGCAAGGACCAAGGAAAAGCGAAGAAAAGCUCAAAGUCAGAGCAGAAAACUGGGACUGUUGGGAAAGGAGCUGGGAAGAAGAUCACAAAGAUCAUUGGGUUGGGCAAGAAGAAAUCUAUGGAUGAGCAGACUUCAUCUGCAGAGGAAGAUGUACCCACCUGUGGCUAUCUUAAUGUGCUGUCCAACAACCGCUGGCGGGAGCGCUGGUGCCGUCUCAAAGACAACCAGCUGCUCCUCCACAAGGACCGGGAUGACCUUAAGAGCCACAUCGCCUCCCUGCCCCUCCGAGGCUGCGAGGUCAACCCCGGCCUUGACCACAAACACCCGUUUGCCUUCCGUCUGCUUCGCAACGGCCAAGAAGUGGCUGUGCUGGAGGCUUCUUCCUCAGAGGAGAUGGGUCGCUGGUUGGGGGUUUUACUGGCUGAGACAGGCUCCACCACUGACCCCGCUACCCUCCACUAUGACUACAUCGAUGUGGAAACCACCGCCAAUGUCAUCCAGCUGGCCAAGCAGUCAUUUUGUUUCACCAGUAAGCGCGCCAUCUCUCCCAACCCAUACCUGGACAACCCCAUCAACGGCUACGCCUGCCCGUCCAGUAUGGCCCUGCAUUAUGACGAUGUGCCCAUAAACGGCAUGGAGCCGGAAGCACAUUACUUCAGUCCCAGCACAAGGGUGCGCCAGUUGAAAGAUGAGUUGCACUAUGAAAACACUGAGCUGUAUGAAAACAUGCCCUCACCCAAACUGGCUAGUUGCUACCCUCCCAAGCCUUCCUCUGCUUCUGCUUCCUCUUCCUCCUCUUCUGCUGGUCACUACAAAACUCCUUCUAAAGUUUCCUCUAAGUUCCUCUCUGCUGACUCCAAAACUAAAGACACUGCUCAGCUAAAGGGAAAGAAGGGAACAACAGCCAAUGGGGUGGCAUCAAAACAGAAAGUGGUGUCGAAGAAUCAGCCCAAGAAGAAUGGAGUCAGUGGGACAAAUGGGACAACGUCUAUGAAACGCAACAACUCCAAUGCUGAACAGUGCAAGUACGGUAAGAACCGUGUGGAGGCGGAUGCCAAGCGGCUGCAGGCCAAAGAGGAAGAGCUGAUGAAAAAGAAGCAGGAGAUCAGGAACCAUCUAACCCAGCUGAAGAAUGAGCGGAGAGACCUGCGUGCCGCCGUGGAGGCGGCAGCCGGGAAGCGGUCCCAGGCCUCUUUGUCGGAGCGCCUGAAGAAGGUGGAGGAUGCAUGCAGGCAGAAAGAGGAGGAGCGGGUCAACCUGGAGCUGGAGCUGACCGAGGUGAAGGAGAGCCUGAAGAAAGCCCUGAGCGGAGGCGUAACACUGGGCCUCACCAUUGAACCGAAAUCCGGCUCCUCCGGCCUCCAGUCGCCCUCCAUGUUGCGGCGAACACAGGAGUCAUCUCCAUUCUCCAGUUGCGACACCAGUGACACAGAGUCAUGCUCGCGGCCGGUCAACAGCGCAUCGCUGCUCCGCCGCCAGCAGAGCGGCCAGAAGCCCUCACCUGUUCGGGGACACGUCCUCCAGAAGGCAAAGGAAUGGGAGCAGAAGACGGGCACAUAAACCCUCCAGCCCUCACAUCACGCCUCCUUUUCUGCUGAAGACUUUGUGUAUAUAUUUAUUGAAAAGUGUUCAGAGCGCGCUGAUGAGGACACGAGCACAGCAUUGACCCGAGCGGGUACCCCUACAGCAGCCUCGGUAAACCUCUGUGAUACCGAGCAUGCUCAAUGUGCAAAGUUUUGCCACUUGUGUUGUCCGCCCUCAGUUCAUCUCAAGCAGCCACCUUUUUUUUUAAAAAAAAUUCCUCCUCAAAAUCUUUUCUAGCAGUUUGAGUUUAAAAAAAAAAAGUCAAAAGCAAGUAUUUAUUUGUAAAUGUUUAAAGGAAAUACUGACUUCCCCUUCUUUAUUUAUGUUGAUGUAUUUAAAGUACUUUUCUAGAUUUUGUGGCUCACCACUCAAUCUGAUCCGUAGGCCAUCAUUCACCGAGCUGCAUCUUUAGGGUAAUCCUAACACACCAGCGCCCCCUACUGGAUGUUAAAAGAAGUAGAAUACAUUUAUUCUAGGAAACAUUUAAAAUCUGCGGGACACUGGCCCAAGUGGUCUAGAGUUGUUCCCUGCUCAGAUCAGCAGAAUAAAACACCUUCAGAGAGCAGAAAGGGCCACAAAGCCAUCCUUAAGGAUGACAGCUGCAGUGUGUGUGAUAAAGAGCUGGACUCAGCUUCCAGAAGCUGCAUAGAAACAGAUAACCAGCCUACACAGUAGAAAACAGCUUUUACUCACCACUGAUGAGACGAUAAAUUGGUUAAAGAUCACAGUCCACGGAUGAGACAGAUCUGCAAACCUUUGAGAAAGUUAGAGACUAAUCAAGUUCAUUUAAAUGUGCAGCACACAGAGGCCAUCAACUUCCUAACAAUAAGGAGGAAAGUAAAGUCUGCCGCUCACAGAGGCCAUCAGCUUCCUAACAGUAAAGAUCAAAGUAAAGUCUGCAGCUCACAGAGGCCAUCAGCUUCCUAACAGUAAAGAUCAAAGUAAAGUCUGCAGCUCACAGAGGCCAUCAGCUUCCAAACAGUAAGAAGGAUUAGGGUGAAAUAAGUUCCCUCUACAAAAUCUACCCAGUUCCGAUAAAAACAAAUGUUGCUAGCGGUCGUUUGUCCGCUGUGUUACAGCCCUCGGUCCAUCUCCUGCCAUCCAACCACUGGCCUGCUGUAUCUGUGUGUGUGCGUUUUAGUGCAUUUGUGUGUUAACGUGUCCAGGGCACAUUCCCCCCAGUCAGUCCUACACUGACUAAACUACAAGCAUGUUGCUGUAAACUUUGCUGUGUUCUGCUAAGUUAAAGACUGUGACAUCAUUUUUCAGACUGCUACACACAAAAAAGGCUGAUUAAUGUGAGGUCUUCAUGGUGCUUUUUCUACGACUUUACUGCCUUCGCCUUGUAGAUUAUUAGAUAGAUGCAGUAUUUUCUGCUCGGCAGUCAUGUAAAUAUUUUCUGUUUUCCUCCUGCUGUCAGACUGACUCCCCACAAGCCUGUGAGCUGCAGGCCAGAGGACAACAAUGUCUAUCUGGAAGUGUUUAGCUGGAGCGGAGCAGGCUGUCGGUAAAUGCCAACCUGCUGGGCAUUGUGGGAAGUUUGGGAGGCUUGUGUCUUUCUGCACCUUAUAAGUUGUCUUUGUUCUGUAUCUCAGACGGUCUCCACCUCGGCGACACACUCGCUUGUUUAUAAGUGAAUAAACUUUCUGACCAACA